AUGUUCGGUAGAGGGAAUCAAAGCAGCAGCACCAACAACAUCGUCCACAGGACGAAUUACACCAAGCAAAAGCAACAGCAAACACAAUCCCCACCGUCUUCUCAGGCCUCAUUGAGGCAGCAGGUUUCAUCGCCAAAGUCUUCGCCCUUUCCUAAAGUAGCCUCUGAUAUGAAUCUCACAGCAGAUAAUAGCCCUCGCUUUAAUACAAGUAAUGGAAACACCAACAUGAAUGGCCACUAUGCGUCCUUUCGCGGCGUUAACUCUUCCAACCACUACACGAGUCCGACACACCUUAAUGCUGGUGGUGGGGGCAAUGGAAAUGGACUUGGGGUUCAGGUGCCCCCACCACGGGGCUUAACUGCCGCAGCGAAUGCCCAGAACGCCUACAACACCCCCAUGGGUAGCAACCGAGGCUCACCGACCACCCUUAACAACAGCGCUCCGCCGGCAGGGCAGGUCCCAUUUCAACCCCCCAAACCACGGACCGUCUCCGCAGCGAACAACAACUCCCAGUUCACCAGCCCCCCUAGCUUGUCUGGAAGUUCGAUCCAGACGAACCACGCCCCGGGGGGCCCGAACACGGGCGGGGGGUCCCCGCUGGGCUCGGGCCCGGCACCCAUUCGCGAGGAGACCGGCCUCGAGCGUCUCAUCGCCACGCACAACCUUCUCCGCCGCCGACGGCCGAUUCGCGAGCUGCGGCGGCUGCCCGGCACGAACACGGUGAAGAUGGGCGUGGAUGGGAAUAUGCUCCUGCGGCGCGUCACCCAGGCGAUCCGCCGCGUCGACCCGAUGGCGAUGUUCACUGUGACCACCCCGGUGACCUUCUACGACGAGCUCCAGGCUAUCGUCGACGAAUUCGAGCAACUUAGGGAGGCGGUGGCGAAGCUGCCGCGGAUGGAGGAGCCCGAGGACGGCGCCCCGGUAAACGGGGUGGGCGAGUUGUCAGGAGGCGGUUACCCCUCCGAGGGUGCAUCUGGCGCCGCCGCUGUUAGAUCCGAUGGGUCCCCGUCGUCAUCUUCGAUCCCCGUGGCGAAUAGCACGCUAAACUUUCAGCCCGUCUUGGUCUUCGAUGGAAUCCCGCUUUCCCCGCAAUUGGAUCCGGCGCACGGCCCCCAUCCCUCCACCCCUCACGAGAUGAUGUCGUACACGGGUGCAACGCCGGUCUCCCAGGUGCCGAAUCACAUCCGACAGGUGGUUGCCGAGCGCUUUUACCUAGAUAGUGACCUGGAGCAGUACUUCGUUCGUCGCUGCGUGACGGUUUUCAAGAAGGAUGUGUUCCGUGUUCCUUACUACGCCUGGGCCCAGCUCUCGGCGUUCUUUUCCCCUACCAAUCGCUACAUUUCGGAGGUGUACGGUAGCAUUGAGCUUCUCGCCUACCCCGGGGUGGAUCGGGUUAUCGUCCAUGUCGACCCGAUCGACGGCACGUUCGACGUAGUGGAGAAGCGCGAGGUGCUGGAUGCCGUCAAUGCUCACCUGCGGUCCUUAACGCCACCCCACAAACAAUACCCACCUCUCACGGAGCGGGACUUGGGGUACUGGAUCAUGGCCGAUACCACGCGUUCGCCGUACCGGCUGAGCUUUUUGGGACCCGACAGCAACGAGAUCUUGUUACGCCUUGCGUCAUCCGAGGUGUUGCCCAACGGCCGUGGUCGUGGGUACGCCUUCGCGAAGGGCUUCACGAAGGACGAUAAUGUCGAGCCAACCCAACUGAUGCAGGGUAAUUUUUCGCUGCUCGAUGCCCCUGUGUUCACAUGCGAGGGGAAGGUGGAACCGCUUUACGUGAUAUAUGGCAUCUCGCCCUAUAGCAGUCUGCGGGUCGCGCGUGCGUUUGGGACGCCGCUACCGACGGCGCUCUAUUUCUGUCUCUUUAGCGGGGUUGUCUCUCCUAACCUGUUCACGCCCGUCGCCCAGGGUAUCUUGGCCGACCGCUGGCCGCUCAUCGAUUCCGCUGCCUACCGCCAGGCCCUGCGUUCCGUGCUUACGCUGCGCGUACAUAGCUGCCUGCACGUGAUUCAGGUCGCUAGCAACCUCCAACCUCCCUCGACGUGGUAUAGGGUGUUCAUGCAAAACCGCAACCCCGCCCUACAGAACGAGAAGUGGACAGAUAUUCACAUGCCACGCUACAUGGAGCUGGAGGAGUGGGAUAUCGUCGGUGAACCGUGGUUGCUCGUGGCCCCGCAGCAGUACUUCUUGGAUGUCAUGAAGAUGGUGAAUCGGUCGGUUCCCUACCGUGAUGAAGAGCAGAUGCCGAUAUACACCAAUAUCGCCGAAACAACCGCAUCGAUCCUGCUCAAGACGAUGGACCAGUUAGGUUACUUUACGCACUUCAUUACGACCCCGCCGGAGUUGCCAGUGGAAAGUCAACUGUCCAUGUGCAGCGAGGCCCUCGCCUUUGUGACCUGCAAUACACUGAGCGAAUACGCCCUGUUGAUGAUCGAGAUGUUGCGUACCAAGACUCUCAACGAUAUGCCGAUCUACAUCACACCGACGAGCACCAACAUGGAGGCCAAAUAUCCCAUCGGGGUUCGCUUCGCGUGCCGCCUGCUUUCCUUAGUUCCCAUCAACGUCAACGGGACCUGGACGGGCCCGUUCGAUCCAGAGAUGGCGGCCUUCGGGGCGAUCAGCCGCCUCAUGGCGCGUACCCUGCGCGAGCUGAUGGAAGCCAUCACCAUUGCCACUUUCUGCACCAGACGUACGUAUAUGCCGCUGUCUGACAUCAACGACGUUCUGGAGCGGUUGCCCUUCGGCCUGCCCAUCGAAUUCGGGGCAGGGCACGUGAUGCUGUACGCCAUGACGCACCCUGAGGACGGCCUCGUGGAGCUUGAGAAUACCUUCCCGGAGUGCUUUUCGCUGCGCAACGACCUGAUGGCGUUAUUUGGCUUUUGGCACAUGGCCUACAAGACGAUCCGAACUUUGCAGCGCGAGGUCGUGUUCCCUGACGAUGUACUGACGGCGGCAGAUGUGCUGGUACGACAGACCGCGCUAAGACUUGACAGAGUGGCCUUUGGAUUCGUCAGUUCAAAUGAUUUCUAA